CAGCGGCCGCCUCCGGCCACACCUGUGGCGCAGCGGCGGAGGAAGCGCCCGAGGUCGGUGCAGACGGGUCGGCGCCCGAAGGCAGCAUGACGGUGGGUGCGCGGCUGGGCGCCAAGGUGAGGGAUAGGUUCUCCCGCCGCGGGGCCGUCGACGACCAGGUCUCCAUCCUGCCCGGCGAGGAGGAGGAGGCGACAGCGGCGGGGGCCGGGGACAACGCGGGGGCCCCGCGGCCGGCGGCCCCGCAGGAGGAGGAGGAGGGCUCCGGGUGCAGGAAGGUGCGCUUCGCCGUCCUGCCCGGCUCCUACGAGCCGCUGCGCCCGCCGCGGACUCCCGGCAAGCGGCCCUACGGGAAGCGCCUGAAGAAGUACGGAAAGAAUGUCGGGAAGGUUCUGAGGAAGGGUUGUCACUACUUGGUGGUCGGCCUGCAAGGAUUAGCAGCAGCCUAUUCUGCUCCCUUUGGAGUGUCAACACAUGUGGCAUCCUUCGUCCGCUAGCACAGCUCCCUGUGCCCCACAGGAGAGGACACAAGGCCAUUGCUGCUUUCUCAGGAUUAAAUUUGAGACCUGGAUCUGAAAAAACCUCUUGGACCAACAGCCCUGAGCCCCUGCACCAGACCCUUUCCAAGACUGAGUGCUCUUCUCUGAAAAAAAUCUGGUGCUUUCUAAAAUCAGAUCAGGUCAAAGAAGUGUAAACAUGAGAAAAUAAUCUUUGAAUAAUUGAACUGAAGUCUGUUUCCAGGCUUGAGUUGGUUUUCCAGAGCUUCCUGCUGUGUGGAAGGGAACCAAGGAUGGAUGGAAAAGCAAGUAGAUGAGGGAGAGAGAAAUUAAGGAAAACAGAGGAUUGCAGAGCAGCUGGAGAUGAGUUUGGGUAGUGAGAGGAAUUGUCAGAGCAGUGGAGGAAACAGAUAACAGAGGAUUAGGAAAAGAUAGUCUUUGGUUUUUCUGAGAAUCUGAGUUUUUUUACCUGAGAGGGUUAAGAUUAUGAAUGUACUUAAAAAUAUACUUGGACAUAAAUGGAAUGUGGCCUGAGACAUGGAGAGCUUUGCUGCAUCAUGGUGUUUCAUUUCAAACCCUGGACAUAACGAGCCUUUAAAUAAUCAUGAAAAAGAUGUAAAAAUACAGCAAGAAAAUUAGGUGUAUAUUUGUGAUUUUGGGGUAUUAAAGGCUCACUGUGAUUAACAUUUUAAACUUUUCCUCUGCUACUAUGAAAUCUGCAUAUAUUUUUUUUACUGGGAAUGGAGUUUAUAUGUGAUAUUCCUGAUUCUGGAAGCUGGGGCAUUUUACACCUAAUUCUACAGUGUUCUCAAGGGCAAAAAACAAAUGAUUGCCAGCUGCAUCUGAGAAAAAAAAUAUACAUACAGCAUUUGGUAUAAGAAUGUACAGGUGUGAUGUAUGAGAAUGGGGCCAAAUAACCUGCCAGCUCCAGCAUCAUUUCUGCACCUGGAAGCUGUAAGCAGAGGAUGUCAAUGUCAGAUGGCUCAGCUCAGUGCUGCAGAUGCAGCAGCUUCCAUGUCACACCUCCAGGGACAUAAAUUGUGUAUUGAUGACACAGGAACAAGGUGGUUCAUGGGCCUUAAAAUUUUUGUGGGGUUUUUUUGUUUGUUUGUUUCUGUCAGUCUUUUGUGUAGUCAUAAAUUACUUCCCUGCUAGCACUUUCUCUGUAUUAUAUAUCUUUAUCGUUUUGAGGGUGUUUUUGUAAUCAAGGAGUUGACUUAACUGGAAAAAAAUGCUGUUCACUUGCUUUCUUUGCCUUUUCAGAACAAAGGAGUUUGUAUGUCUUGGCAAACCACACUGUAUUUCUUUUAAAUGUAGCAAAUUAAUCAGAUGGGGGGGGUGGGUGAGGCAGGGUGUUAUGCUCUUUUCUAACUGGACUGUAAAUAAAAGCCAUGAGAUCUA